AUGAAAUCAGCUUUGUUGGUUGUUGUUUUGAUUGCCUGCAUUUAGGCAACCACAGUUUCUGAAUUGAAAGAAAGACUUUCAGGAUAUGGAGAUCAUCCCUUUGGUUCAUCUAUGAUUAACUUAGUGAGUGUCAACAUGAAAACAGGAGGAUCAUUAAAUGAAUUAAAAUAGCUCUUAUAAUAAAUUAAGGAUGAAUUGAUUGCCUUGACAUAAUUACAAGAUUAAGAAAAUGCAACAUUCACAAGAAGAAGCUAAGUUGAUUUGGCCAAACUCUAAGCCACACUUGAAUAAGCUGAAUAAGAUCUUGAUAACCAAAGAUAAGAAUAAUCAAGUUUAACCAAUGAAUUGAGCACAUUAUAAACAAGAGUAAAAGAAGAUUAAGCUGCAUUAGACAGAAAUGGCAGAGGAAGUGGUGAUGCUUAAAGUAGAUUAGAUGCUGAGAACACAGAUUUUGCAGCUAAAUUUUAAGACUAUAGUGAUGCAAUUCUUGCUUGCAAAGAAGCUCAAAGAUUGUUGUUAAAUUUAAGAGGUGAAGGAGCAUCAUUAAUUCAAUUAACUUAAGACACUAAGAGCAAUUUGAUUUAAACCAAAGAGAACUUUUAGAAGAUCAAGGAGAUCUUAGAAGCUCACACAAAGAAAAGUUCUUUGACCUUAUUCCAACCAAUCAUUGAAGGAUUGGCUGAAAUGACAACAAAAGUCAACCCAGAAACCUUGAACAACGUCUUGAGUUUGGUUGCUAGAUUGAUCACUGCAUUAUAAGAAGGUUAAGAUUAAUUAGAAGCCAACCAUAAGACUCAAGUUGAGAAUCUCAGUAGAUUGGGUGAUGAUUUGAGAAAUGAAAAGCAAACCUUAUAAGUCUCUUUGGCCACUGCUAAUAACAGACUCAAGGAGAUCUAAUCAAGAUUAAACGAAUUAGAUGGAUUAAUCAAUAUUUCCAAUGCUAUUGUUGAAGUCACCUAAUUAAAUAUAUAAGAUGCCACUAGAAUCAACGAGUUGGAAGACCAAGAAUACAGUAAUCAAAAAGUUAGUAGAUAAACUGAAAUCGAUAUCGUCGAUAGAUUAAUUGAAUACAUCAAUCAAAAGUUGUCAGAAUGAAAUCAUCAUAUUCAUAUA